AUGGUGUACUACUUUACCUCUAACGUUGUCACGCCAUCGGCUCGCAUCUACGUUGGCAAGGACAAGUACGAAAAUGAGGAUCUGAUCAAGUUCGGAUGGGAUGAAGAUGUCUGGUAUUUCCACGUUGAUAAGCUGUCAAGUGCACACGUUUACCUCCGCAUGCAACCUGACCAGCAAUGGGAUAAUCUGCCGCAAGACCUAGUGUAUGACCUAGCACAGCUCACCAAGGCAAACUCGAUAGAGGGGAACAAGAAGGACAAUGUCUCCAUCAUCUAUACCCCCUGGGCCAACCUGAAGAAAGAUGGUUCCAUGGACGUCGGUCAGGUGUCGUUCAAGGAUCAACGCAAGGUCAAGCGUAUCCUCGUCACCACCCGUGAAAAUCCCAUCAUCAACCGCCUGAACAAGACAAAAGUAGAGAGGAAGCCCGACUUCAAACAGGAAAAGGACGAUCAUCAGAGGGAGCUACGCAAAAAAGAUACGGCAGAGCAUCAACAAAGGAAAAAGGAAGAGGCCAGACAAGCCAAGGAAUGGCAGGAGAAGAAGUGGCAAAAGGAGCAUGCUUACGACGAUAUCUUCACCGAAGAUAACAUGGCUGCGAGCAGCAAUCAGGACAGGGGGGAGGAUUGGGAGGACGAUUUCAUGUGA